CAGAAGCCACAGUUACUUCCUUGAAGGCAGCCACCUCGGCUUAGAGCCCACUCACCCUGUGGCCCAUCAUCCACCUGCAGCCAUGGAGAACCAUCAGAAUUUCCGAAGCCUCCAAGCCAAGUUCCAGGCCUCUCAGCCAGAGCCCAGUGAACUUCCCAAAAAGCCUCCAAAGCCUGAGUUCAACAAACUGCUGAAGAAGUUCCCACCGCCUGAGUUAAGUGAACAGUCCAAGAAGCUCCCACAGCCAGAGAUCACUGAUCUCCCCAAGAAGCCUGCGCAGCCUGAUUUCACUGGUCUCCCCACAAAGCCUCCGCAGCCUGAGUUCACUGAUGUCCCCAAGAAGCCCCUGCAGCCUGAGUUCAAUGAUCUCCCCAAGAAGUCCCUGCAGCCUGAAUUCACUGAUGCCAAGAAAUUCCCACAGCCCCAGUUGGCUGAUCUCCCCAAGAAUCCCUCACAGCCCCAAUUUACGGAUUUCCCCAAGAAGCCCCGGCAGCUUGAGGCCACUCAGUUUCCCAAGAAGCCCCCACAGCCCGAGGUCAGUGGGGCUACUCAGAAGGCCUUGCAGCCAGAGCCUAGCACACUUGCCCAGAAGCCUCUGCAGCCCCAGCUCAGCACCCCUGUCAAGCCCCCCUUAGAACCCAAACCCAGUCCGUUAACUAAGAAGUUCUGGCAAUCUGAAUCCAGCGAGGCCUCCCAGAUGCCCUCACAGACCCAGUUCAGUGCCUUUCCCAAGAAACCCCCACAGCUGCAGGGCAAUGGCCUCCCCAAGAAGUCCUUGCCCCAGCCUGAGUUUGUGGAGGUCACUCAGACGUCCCCCUCAAAGUCUGGUCACAGGGAGCCCCACCCUCACUCCCCAAAGCCUGACUUCAGCACUUUUCCCAGGAAGUCCCCACAGCCUCAGGCCAGUAGCCUCUCUAAGAAGUCCCUGCCACAGCCUGAGUCUGGUGAGCUCCCUCAUACUCUGCCCUGGAAGCUUGAGUCCAGUGAACCCCAAUCCUACCCCCCACAGCUGGGCUUCAGUACAUUUCCCAAGAAGCCCCCACAGCCUCAGCUAAGUGACAUCCCCAGGAAGCCCCCACAAUUGGAGUUUGGUGAACUUACCAGGACAUCCUCAGAGCCCGAGGUCAGUAUGCUUCCUAAGAGGCCACGGCAGCCCGAGUUCAAGCCACUUUCCAAGAAGCCCCCACAGCCUGAGCUGGGUGGUCUCCCCAGGACGUCCUCAGAGCCAGAGUUCAACUUGCUCCCCAGGAAGUUUCCACAGCCCGAGCACAGGGGGCCACCCCGCAAGCUCUCCCAGCCUGAGCCCAAUGUUGUGCUCAAGAAGCACCCCCAGCCCGUGUUUUUCAGGGUUGUCCCUCAAAAGUCACCACUCCCUGGCUCGGUUUCUGAGAGCUCACUGCCCACUGCCAUCGUGAGCUCCACCCACAGGUUCCCACUAAGUCCAGGAUUUGGAGCCAGUGGGAGCCCCCGAUGGAGGUCAGAAGACUUCAAAGCCCACCACCUACCCCGGCGAAGGCCUCUGCCCUCAGCCAGCAGUCUGGGAGACCCUCCAGCCAAGCCCCCACUGCCCCCAGGCCCCAUCAAUAUCCACAGCUUUCGGAGACCAAUGGCAGCAUCCACAGCUCUACAGAGCACCUGCUCUUCCACUGUGACCCACUUCCAGGCCCAACAGCCUAAAGACAUCCCACAGGACCCAGAUGAGAUCUAUGAGCUGUACGAUGACGUGGAACCCACAGAUGAUUCCAGCCCCAGCCCCAGGAGCAGAGGCAUCAUCACCUCCAUGGCAUCAACCCGGAAGUUCCAGGAUCUGAGACUUGCCCAGCUCACAGCACAUCCAGAGCUGUGGGGGCUCCCGGUCCUGUAUAUGCAAAGGGCUUCCUGAAGGGAGCCAGGUAAUCUAGCCUUUAGGAUGUUCCUGCCCUCCCACCACCAUACCAAACAAGGCUGCCUUCAGAUUGUCCAGCCCUUGCUCCUUCCUGGGCCCCUUUUGCUUCCUCUGGGCAAUCCCCGGGAGCUGCUUGCAACACCUUCCUGAGCACAGCUUCCUGACAGGGCCCCUUCUGCUUCCGCUACAGGGAGGCUCUGUGGCUUGGGUCUGGGGGCUGUGGGGAAGGCAACUGCUUAGCAUUCUAGCCACUCCACUUCCAGGGUCCCCACCAGUCCACCCAAACCAGACAGACACAACUCCACCUUGCACCCUAUAACCAUAUAACCUCCUCCCCAGACCCAGCUUAAGACCAUGAUCAAAUACCAUACCUCCCAGGGUCUCUCCUCAGGAUGCUGGAUGCCUGAUCCCAUGCACGCAGAUGCUUUGGGGGACUUAACCAGAGCCUCCAGCUAGCUAGGCAAGCACUCUACCACUGGAGCCACACCUUUUCUUUGCAUUUUGAGCCUCAUUAAUCUUGUACAGGCUAGCCGCAAACUCUUGAUCCUCCUGUCUCCGCUUCCCAAGUAGCUAGGAUUACAGGUAUGCACCACCAUACCUGGCUUGCUUUGUCAUUUUCAAACUUAUCCUUUUACUGGCAGGGUGGACCAAGUGGGUCAGGACUAAUGGCUCCUUCCUUGGAGCAGUGAUAGUUCCAGUUGGUCUCUAGAAAACUGGGGGCUCCUGUGCUAAAGGGGAAGGGUCCAGCCUUUCUCAGAAUAUGAGUAGGCUUACAGUAGAAGGCAGGCAGUGAGUGACCUGCUCAGGUUAACCCAGCACAGCAGGCCCCAGGGACCUGAGGUGGCACACUUAUAUAUGCUCCUGACUGGGUGACCCCUCCACCUCCAGGCAGCCUUUGAUGCAGGAGCGAUGGAAGGACUGUAAUCUGGGUGGGAGCCCUGAAGACAUUAUUGUCUGAUGCUGAGCCCUAGAUCAGUGCUGACUGGUUGAAUGGGUCUAAUACAGAUGCCCCUCAGUGGACUGCCUGAUAUGAGGGAUGAUAAAAAGGACAAGCAGGGACCUCGGGUUCAACUUCACUUGUGGGGUUCCAGAGGCUCCUGCUUUCAGCCACACCCUUGGCCAGCAGGGCUCAUACCCAGAAGACUGGUCCAUUGUAAGAAGUGGCACAGGCCAGGCGUUAGUGACGCAUGUCUGUAAUCCUAGCUACUCAGGAGAGAGAUUAGGAAAUUGUGGUCUGAAGCCAGGCCAGGCAGUUUGUGAGACCGUAUCUUGACAUCACAAAAAAAAAAAAAAAAAAUAGAAAAAGACUGGUGGAAUGAAUCAAGGUGUAGGCCCUGAGACUUGGAGGGCGGGAGGGAUGCAAAAAUCCACCCUGCCUCUACCACCUAGGUUGACUUCUCUGAGCCUUUAUUUUACUCAGCAGCAAGUUAUCACCUACUAGCACAAAUAAGGUGGUUGUGAAGGUCAGAACAAGUCAACAGGGUAGAGCAGUUUCUGCCAUGCCAGCAUGUGAAAUUAAGAAAUGUAAGGCAAUCCACUAGAACUAAUGAGCCCUGAGAAAGGCCCACGAAGGUGCCAGACUCAGAGAGGUCUUGAGAAUGGACACAGGGCAGGCUCACUCCAUGUCAAGCCACUGGGUGGGGUAGAGGCUGGGCUAGAGGGUCCUAGCCCUGACUUGGUGUUAACUGCCCCCAGAUGAAGUGCCAUCUACUCAGCAAGUCACCAGGAGGCCGCCACAAG